CUUUUUUCACACUCAAUUCUGUAUUAUAUGUGUAUCUAUCUAUCUGUAUGUGUGUAUUCUGUGUGAAAGAGAGAUGGGUUUCUUUCUUUCUUUCGUAAAAUAAACAUUUUACUGUCCUUCUCCCCUCUUUAAUCAAAUCCUAGGCCUUAAACCAACCCCACCCUCUUCCUUCCUUCUUCACAAGCACCCAUUCCUUUCCCAUCUCAUCUUCUAACCCUUUCUUUCUUUCUCUCUUACAGUUUUCCCCCUUUCCCUUCAUAACCCAGAGACAAAGAAACUUGUUUUGAUUCAUUCAUCGGGAGGGAGGGCCAGAUCCAUCGUUCAAUCCGCUACCAUCCGUCUCUCUCAUUCUUCUAAUGCAAGGGCAAAGGGGUGCUCUAGGUUCUUUACCUGAUACUAUGAACUUACAACAAUCGAACGAUUCGACUCUCGAUCCACAGAUCUUUUGGAAUUCAAUCAAUAACAAUGCAAAUACUGUUUUACCUGAUUUCAUGGUUUCCCCACCUCCUGUUCUUGGAAAUUCUAUGAAUCAACAACAUAGGCAAACUUUAAGUGGAUGGAAUGUCGGUGAGCCCAGUUCUAGUAUUCAAAACCAGUCUUCAUCUUCUUCGUCUGCUUUUACUGGGACUGGUUCUUUACUGGGAUUACAACAGUAUGAACCUAUCCCUAAUACUUCAGGUGUUAAUUUCUUUGCUGAAAGUUCAAACUCUCAAGCAACUGCUGCUGCUGUUGCUAUUCAUAGGGAUCUUAACAUGAAUGCUGUGGCUGAGAAUGUUGAAGAUGAUUGUCAGAUUGUGGAACGUCCUGUUCCUCCUAAUCUUAAUGGUUGGAUGUCUAGUUCUUCUACUGAUUCUCUCUCGGAAGAGAAUGGAGCCAGAAGAUUAUCGUGUAAACGGAAAGCUAUCGAAGGGCAAUCCUCUAGACAUGGAGAGAGUAAUGUUUGGAAUGACAACAAUAAUAGCAAUGGAAGUUUGAGUAUUUCCGCUCCACCGACUCUUAAUAAUACAAAUUUGAAUAUGAACCCGAUACUCGGUUUGGGUACAGGGGCAGGGGCAGCAACGGAAAUUCCACUCGAACAGAGGAAUUUCCGGGUGAGGAUAAAUUCAUCUUCUCGAAGUAGACAAGAUGAACUCACAUUACAGAAUACCAUUGGGAGUAGUAAUCCUAAUGCUCCUCAUAUGCAACAGCUUUCAAGGCUUCUUUCGCUCAAUGGGUCUUCUUCAGCAUUGCCUCAAGGUCCCACGCUUCAACCAAGACAGACGCCACCUGUCGUUGGACAUGCUCCUGGUUUACGUCGAACUCUAAUUCCUUCUAGGUGGAAUCGAGGUUCUAGUUCAAGAAACGUUGAAUCAAACCCAAACCCAAACCCAAACCCAAACCCUUUGUUUGCGAAUGUAAUUCAACAGCAAUCAACAAACUGGAGUUUGUCGAAUGGAAGUGGAAGUCUGAGCGUUUCUUCUGCCAACAUUGGUUCGAGUUCUCGAGCAGGAGCAGCAACAAACCCUAGUGGACAUUCGGCAGCUGCUGGUCCUAAUUGGUUUUCUAAUCAAUACCCGAGAAGGUUAGAUUUGGUUCGACGUUCCUUGCUGGCUGCUUCUGAUUUUGAAGCGGGAAGCUCGAGCAACAAUGGGGGUAACGUACGAUCUGGUCCUUCCAAUACUAAUCUGCAAGAAGCGCCUCCAGCGGCAGUUGUUGAUCAUGGCCAACGUGUGACAUUGCCACGAUCGAGAUCAGCUGCAUUGCUUGAACGAACACUUGAUGGUGCAUCUGGGCUUCCUUUCCCGUUAAGAACUUUGGCUGCUGGCGGUGAAGGACGAACUAGGCUUAUGUCCGAGAUCCGUAAUGUGCUGGACCUAAUGCGUCGAGGCGAGGCUUUGGGUGUUGAGGAUGUUAUGAUUCUUGAUCAGUCAUCAGUGUUCUUCAGAAUGGCUGAUGUUCAUGACAGACACAGGGAAAUGAGGGUUGAUGUAGAUAACAUGUCUUACGAGGAGCUGUUGGCUCUAGAAGAUCGAAUUGGGUAUGUAAGCACAGGUCUGACUGAAGAAUUAGUUAUGAAUCAGCUAAAGAAACGCAAGUAUUUCACAAUCGCUAUGGGUUCUCAAAUGGAGUUAGAACCAUGCUGUGUAUGCCAGGAGGAGUAUCUCGAUGGGGAAGAUAUUGGAUCAUUGGAUUGUGGACAUGAAUUUCAUGCUGGUUGCAUAAAACAAUGGCUGAUGCACAAAAAUUUGUGCCCCAUUUGUAAAGCAACCGGCUUGAAUAACAUUAAUAAUACUAGUAAUAAUAAUAAUAAUACAUCAUGAGAUGAAAUUUGAAGAGAAGAAGAAUCAAGAAAGGGUGGCAUUUGGAUUAGGGUUUGUGAAAGAAACUUUUUUUAAGAAAAGAUGGUGGGUGGGUGGGUGGGUAUGAGAGAAAAAGAGGAUCAUGUUGGCUUUGUGGAUCAUCAAAGAUUUGAUUAUUAGAAGCAUCUCUCUAUUUUACUUCUAUUUAUAAUUUUACCUUUUUGACCCCCAAGAAAUUAUUGAUUGCCAUUAUUAUUAUUAUUCAGUAUUCUUUCA